UGCUUUUUCUAUUUGCAUGUGUUUUCUGAAGUUUCAGCGCGUUGAGCUCUCUCGGCCACCGCAGAAGAAGCACCCUGAACACCUAGAAAACCCCAAAUAAACUAGUUCACUUUUCAAUGUUUUACCAAUGUGACACUUUAUGAACUUAUUCUGUACAAGUGAACAGCUUCUGGACAGAAGAAUUUAUGCAAAAUUCAUAAUUGCUGUUUUUGUAUGAUUUUGCGGUCGUCUUGUCAGGGUAACCUCGAGUCAUCACAAGAAUUCAGGUUAUUAGAGUUCAUUUGGUUUCUUUUUUUUUUUGCUGCCAUCCAUUGACAGAAGUCUUUUUCCAGGGUGGGGUUUCUUUUUUCUUCUUCUCCUUUUUUUGUUUUUUGUUUCUUUAUCGUGUGCUCGAGGUUCAGCUAUUCAGUCACAGACCACAUCCAGUCAAGAGUUACAGACAUAAACUUUGGUCCUAUUUGCAAUAUUUUCUGUUCAAUUGCUUUUCCUUGAGCACACUGAAUAUGCUUCAACAUUUCUUUGGAUUUGUUUAUCUCUCUGCAGUUUCACCGCUUCUGAGUCUCGCAGAUGCACAAGCUGACUGUCCUCUUCAGCUCAACCCACAGAGAGUUGUUGUGAGAUACGGUGAUUCUGUUGCAGCUAACUGUAGCACCUCUGUCCAGCAUGAUGGGAUGGGAUGGGAAGCCAGUGAGGGAGCAGUGCCCCUGACCAGAAACCAGAGUCUGAUCACAUGGAGAGUGUCAGAAGUGACAGAAUGGGACACACGGCCAUACUGCUACAUGAAUUAUAGAACAGACAAUAACUAUCAGUGUGAUGUAUUGCUCCCAGUCACUGUUUACAAGACUCCAGACAGUGUGUCCAUCAACACUGUGAAUCACAGCGGACCAAUGAUGGAGGGACAGCAGUAUGAGCUCCAGUGUGACGUUCACAAUGUGGCUCCUGUUCAGUAUCUCACUGUCAAAUGGUACAAAGGACAGACUCUGCUGCAUCAAACCACCUUCAAUGACACCAUCAAGACUCCAGAGAACGAAACCGUCACACUCCUGAUCCGUCCAGACAGAGCUGAUGAUGGAGCUCAAUACUGGUGUGAAGCAGAGCUGGAUCUGGGAGCAGAAGGACCUCAACCUCAUCCUAAAAAUUCAUCAAAACCUCUUAAUGUUGAAGUUCACUAUAAACCACAACACUCCGGUUCAACAGAGACCAUCAUUAAAGACGAUGAGGCUACACUAGACUGUACAGUGAAGGCAAACCCGGCUCCAGCGUACACAUGGGAUCAUCUGAAAGAGAAGAGCAGCUCCUCAGUGCUCAAGUCCUCCACACUCAGUCCAGGAGACUACACAUGCACCGCCACAAACACUCUGGGAAGAGACAGCAAAGUGUUCAUCGUCAAAUCUGCAGGUAUUCGUCCCACAUUCUAAACUGUUCUUACUUUUUUUCCAGUUGUCGGUUGCAUUGAUUAUUGUCAUUUAAUUAAUGGUCACACAACAGAGAUAAUUAUUCACAGUAUUGUAUUUUCUUUCUUUCUAUUCUUUUCUAUUUCUAUGAAUUCAUAAAAAUGUGUUGACUUGUAGUGGUUCAUCGGUCAUGCAUAUGAAGUCAGUGGGGACCACUACAACACAUCACUUUUAUUUAGAAAUAAAUUCCUGCCUUUAGAUGUUAGCAUGAAAUUAACAUCUGACAGUAACUGGAAAGUGUAUUUUCACGAAUGUUUUUUUUAGUGAGUGUAUUUUUACUUUUUUUAAAUUUAUUUGUUUAUUUUGACAAAUAUUAAAUUUUGUCUUGAGGGUAUAUAAGGGUUGCAAGUUUGAAAACAUUACAAUAUUGCUUUAGUAAUCUAGUAUAUGGUUUGUUACCCUGUAACACGGCAUUUAUAAGGUAUUUAGCGUGUGUAUAUUCAUUGCACUGUGUAUUCAUUGCACAGAGCAGCUUUUAAAAUUCUUCUGUAUUCGGUGUGAAUGUGAGCUGUGCACGAGAUGAGUACUCAGACUGCACAGGGCGUCAGCUACCAAGGGGGCAUCUCAUUUCCCUCGGCUAGCAGCAGCCCUAUAGCAUGUUUUGGAAGACACAAGAAAAUGUAUUUUGAGUGGUUGAACAGCAGCAAAAUAAAGGUUGACUUCUUUGGUUUUGAUUUCCUUCUCAUUUUUUUUUCUCAUUUUAAGUUUGUUAGGGGAAAUGUGCUUGAUGAGUUUUAGAGGAAACUGUGAAAGGGUGGAGCUUCAAAAUGACUAAAAGUGUUAUAUGUUUCGAAGAAUGCGUUAAUCACAACAAAGCCUUCAAUCAGAGUGUGAAUUUGCCAUAUAUCACAAUGGGUGGGUUCUUUUGACUUGGGUCAGUAAACAACCACCCUGAACACCUGAGCCUAAAAACAAACCUAGUUUACUUUACAGUGUGUCAAUAUUAAAAACCUGAACAAAUUACUAGCAUCUGACACCCGCUUCGAAUGAUAUCACUCGAUUGAAUGGGCGUUAUCCGCGGUUAUCAGGUCACAGAUAUGGGCCAGACGGGACCUGUUACGCCUACUGGUAGGCUGAGAAGGCUGUUAUCAUCGAAUGGCUGUAAAUCAAAGUCUGAUUAUAGUUUUACAGAGAAAUUUGGCAGGACAACUACUUAUGCUAUGUUAAUUAAAUAAUGUUGGACAGAGUUUUCAAACAUAUAUGGAAAGAUGGUAUAAAGGUGUUUAAAAAAGUGCUCUUAGUAAAAUACCAAAUUUCAGCCUGACUCUUACAUAUGUCAUAGAUGUUUGCUCAAUUAACAUGUUUAGAUAUACAUUUGUUCAAAAAAGAUGGUAUUUUUAAACAUUUUAUUAUUAAACAUUUUAAACUACAUUACCCAUAAGCCUCUGCCAUUCUAUCGAUAGAAAGCAGUGCUGGUAUUUGUAGUUUAAUGACGUUAUGCUCAGGGUUAGGGUUACGAUCUCGGGAAAGUGGUAAUUUCUCAUGACAUAGCAACACUGCAUUGUUAACUAAAGGUAUUACUGACGUAAUAAGAACAGCAAAGCGUACUUUGCAACAUUAAGCGUUUUUUAAUUUGGGUUAAAAGAUAGCCCAAUCACAGCGAGGUCUGUGAGUGCCAAGAGAACUUCAAAGCCAAUGGCAACUCAGUUGAGCAGAGGCCUCACACUUACUUGUCCAUAUAUGGUCAUCUAUGACAGGAUCUUCCGGGUUCUUGUGGUGAAUAGACAGAUAAUCUGUUAAAGUAUAAAACUGCAACAACAGAUUGCAUCGUGUGGUUAACCUGAUGCAGCAAUAGAUUUGUUGAUUACAGUGUUUUUGUUGUUGUUGUUGUUUUUUGAAACAAGAGUGUAAUAUUUCCCAUUGUAUACAUUGUUUACACUAAUAUUAAAUAAUGUACAAUAUUUAAA